AUGAGAAGAUUCGAAAAUUCUAGAGCUAAAUAUCUUCUCUACUACAACGCAUACGUAAGAUUAAGACCCGAACAACAGCAUCGGAAAAUUGCGCUGUGUGCUGAUCCUUCGUCUGGACUAACCCCGGAACAAAAGGAAUUGCAACGUGUCGCGCAAGAUUUUGCGAAAAAUGAAAUGGUACCGAAUCGUAAAAACUGGGAUGAAAAUGAGAUUUUCCCUAUCUCUACCAUUCAAAAGGCUGGUUCUUUAGGAUUUGGAGGCAUGUAUUGCCGUGAAGAUAUUGGUGGUACUGGUUUAUCGAGAGUAGAUUCAUCUAUAGUUGCUGAGGCCCUGGCAUCUGGCUGUACCUCAACUACCGCUUAUAUUACUAUUCACAAUAUGUGUUGUUGGAUGAUUGAUAAAUUUGGAAACCAAAAGCAAAGGGAGAGGUGGCUUCCUGACUUAACCAGUUUUCGGAAACGGGCCUCUUAUUGUCUAACCGAACCUGGGAGUGGGAGUGAUGCCGCCUCGCUAAUAACUACAGCGAAAUCUGACGGAGAUCAUUAUAUUAUUAAUGGUUCCAAGAUGUUUAUAAGUGGUGAAAGUCACUGCUAUGUUGUAAUGGUUAGAACUGGUCAAUCAGGCUCAAAAGGGAUAUCAUGCGUAGUGAUAGAAAAUGAAACCCCUGGAAUUAACCUCGGCAAAAACGAAAAAAAACUUGGCUGGAAAACACAGCCGACUCAUGCCAUCAUGUUCGAAGAUUGUCGAGUACCUAAGAAGAACCUUAUUGGACAAGAAGGACAGGGAUUUAAUAUUGCCAUGCAUGGACUCAAUGGGGGUCGUGUUAGUAUCGCGUCUUGUUCACUGGGAGCUGCUCAAGCUACACUGGAAAUGUCAUUGGAGCACUUAGCCGUACGCAAGCAAUUUGGAAGACCUCUAGCUAGUAACCAGUACUUGCAAUUCAGGCUAGCGGAAAUGGCAACUGACCUCGUAGCUUCACGGUUGAUGGUACGCAAUGCUGCCAGAGCACUUGACGCCGGUUCUCCAGAUCUUGUGUCUUUAUGUUCUAUGGCUAAAUUAUUUGCAACGGAAAAGUGUUUUAAGAUAUGCAAUGAUGCUAUACAAAUGCACGGUGGCUAUGGAUACUUAAAUGAAUAUGGUGUACAUCAGUUCAUGCGUGACGCAAGAGUUCAUACAAUUUUAGAAGGUACGAAUGAAAUUAUGCGAAUGCUAAUAUCUCGAGAUCUUCUAAAGGAAUAUUGUAUUCUUUGA